AUGCGACGGUCCAUUAUUCUGCCUACCAUUGCCACAGUAUUGCUGGUAUUUGUACUUAAAGAGACCGUUUGGUUUGACAGAAAACCGGAGAUUGUCAAAAUCUAUGCGAUCACUCCAACCUAUAGGCGCUCCAAUCAAAUUCCCGAGUUAACCAGACUGUGCACGGUCUUCACAGUUGCCGGCAACAUCCGAUGGAUUGUGGUUGAGGACGCGAACCGCAAAAGUGGGAAUCUUUCACACUUUCUCCACGAGUGUGGAGUCCCACAUGUCCACUUGAACGCCACAUCAGCCAAGUCGAAGAGGCUUAUUCGAGGCUCGAAUCAGCGGAACGAGGCACUGCGGUGGCUUCGGGGGAAUAUUCGACCGAACCAGGAACGAGGCGUGGUGUACUUCGCUGAUGACGACAACACGUACCACCCGGAUCUGUUUGCAGAGAUACGCACAUUGAGGAGGGGUGCAACGUGGCCGGUCGGUCUCAUUGCGAGUUCGCAAUGGGAAGGCUGUAUCACUGGGCCCGGCGACCGGAGCAAGAUUAAGUCGUUCUGGACCAGCGUUUGGUACAACAGGACGUUCCCCAUCGACAUGGCCGGAUUUGCCGUGAGUCUGGACCUGGUGCUACAAAAGCCGAAAGCCUUGUUCGACAAUCACACUGUCGGAAAGCAGGAGGGGCUGUUUCUGUCCGCGCUCGGUUUCAAGAACGCCUUCGAAUUGGAACCAAAAGCUGACGGCUGCACCAGGGUGAGUUCGCGAAAAUCACUAUGUACCAGGUUUUAUCGAUUUUGUAGUCUAACAAGAAGUAGAUUAGGUUCGUGA